UAUUAAUAGACAUGGUGUGCAAUAAAGGCCAAAGUGCAUCUGGCCUUACUGUAGAAACGACUGUUCAGUGUUCAUUUGCCUUCAGCCAGUCUGCCACAUGCAAACACAUUAUAUACAGUCUCACAUCUGCUGCUCUUCGUCUGUCCUUCUUCUCUCCACUCUGUGUUUCUGUGGGACGCGAUGUCGACGAGCGAUGACGUGCGGGAGAGUGUAAAGAAAUAUUAUGGCAAACAACUGGAGGCUUCUGGAGAUUUACAAACAAGUGCAGCAUCUUGCAGUUUAUCCUGCUGUCCGGUGCCAAGAAGUGUCACUGACGCUCUCAGCCUGGUUCACCCAGAUGUGACCAAAAGAUUCUUCGGAUGCGGUCUCCCGUUCCCAGCGGAGCUCGAUGGCUGCAGAGUGCUGGACCUCGGCAGCGGAUCUGGCAGAGACUGUUUUGCCUUCAGUAAACUUGUUGGUCCGAGUGGACGCGUGACAGGAAUUGACAUGACGGAGGAAAUGAUCACAGCGUCACGUCAGUUCAUUGAGUAUCAUCAAGACAAGUUUGGCUACAAGGAGCCCAAUGUCACUUUUGUCCAGGGCUACAUGGAGAAGCUGAUUGAAGCUGGCAUACAGAGGGACUCAAUGGAUGUAGUGCUGUCCAACUGUGUAAUCUGUUUGUGUCCUGAUAAAAGAGCUGUGCUCCAGCAAGCCUACAGCGUCCUAAAGGAAGGAGGUGAACUGUACUUCAGUGACAUGUACGCCAGCAAAGUUGUUCCUGAUGACAUGAAGCGAGAUCCUCUUCUGUGGGGCGAAGGCAUGGGUGGCUCUCUGUUUUGGAAGGACCUGAUUCCUCUGGCCCACAGCGUCGGCUUCAGCACGCCGCAUCUUGUGUCGGCGAGUCACAUCGUGGUCUACAGCAGCGAGCUCCGUGUCAAAGCAGGUGACAUCAGGUACGCUUCAGGAACCUACAGGCUCUUUAAGCUCCCUAAAGGUUCAGCCUCAUACAAGGCAACGGUGACCUACAGAGGAACGGUGGCUGAUUUCCCAGAUCAGCUGGACUUUGAUUCAUCACAUCAUUUUAAGAAAGACGUGCCACUGACGGUUAAUGCAGAGAUGGCAACAAUCCUACAGAGUUCUCGUUUCUCCCCUCAUUUCACAAUCCAAAUGUUGGAUGAACAUGAAUCCAGCUCAAACGCAACAUCACAGUUCUGCCACCUCAACCCGUUCCUGUUGGCUGACAGACUGGGAUCCUCUGUAAGGCAGUGCUCCAAAAUGAGCCGCUAAAAGGAGGCAGCUGGAUCCACAAGAAGAAGCUUUUUAAACGUCUAUGAACAACUGCACAACAAGGAACCUAACUCACAUUUGUUAGAGCUGCUGCAGAAAGUAAAAGUGCUGACAGUCAUGGAACUGUAGUAAUGGAGCCAGGGUUUCAGGUGUGUCCACUGAUCACAAUAAGCAUAUGAUUCAUCAUUGUAUUGUAAUAUUAUAAUGUACAAAGUCAUCAGAUUUCUUUCAAUUAUCUAGUUACACAUUUAUAACAAAUGAAAUUAUUAGGGAACAUUUUCCUUAGUUGGUACCACAUGAGCACUUGUCUGUCUGUCUUAUUGUGCUUGUGUUUUAAUACAGUAUCAUUUUCACUUUAUCACUUUCUAGGUCUAAGCUUAAAGUUCAGUAGUUAAAGGAUAAGGUGACGCUUGCUCACAGACAGUAAAUGGUUUAUGAAAUGUUUAUUAAAGCAAAGCAUGAGUGACAGUUUUAUAUCAAAUGUAGCAAUAUUUCAUAACGUUUUUAACAAAACAUAGACAAUUUAUAAUAUAACCUCUAAUAAAGUCUAGCAAAACUACUUU